CUACCUAGUAGUGGUACCUGCUCAAAACUAGACUAUUUUUCAAAAUAGUAUACUUUUUUUCAUAAGGGUUUUUUAAAAAUUGAAAAAUGAAUUCUAUUCGAAGAUUUUACAGUAGCAAAUCGGAGGUGACCAGUAGUGGCCCAUCUAAUGAAACUGGUGGUGUAUUACCUAUAGAUUUGGAAGGAAGACAUCGAUUUGUAAGACAACGACUUACUAACAUGACCGAUGAAGAAAGAGCUUUCCGUAGAAAAUUCUUACAUGAUCAACACUUGUCUCAUGAUGAACCGAUUGGUCCUCAAAUUUACAAUGAAUUGUACAAUCCGAUUAGACGUGCAUUCAGAGUUCCUAUGAAUGUAUUUCAAGAUUUUUUGACCCCAAAAAUUGGUGAAAGAACUGCUUUCAAUGUUCGGUUUGUAACAAGCAAAAUAUUGAUGGGAAUCACUCUUGCUUAUGUAGGAACAUACUAUGUUCUUUACAACACAAAUACUUGGGAGAGAAAAUCAGGGUGGAGAAUACACGAGUCUCGUUCUCAAUGUGUACCAGGAGACCCAGGUUUUCCAAGAACUUCAGAUCGGUCUUUACCCAGACAUUACGCCGACAGAGGAUUCAGCAGUUCUCCAAUAUAAUAAAAUAAUAAAAUUGUUUUUAUUAUUUCGUUGCUUAUUAAUUAUUUAAUCGAGAAAUAAAUGUAGAAAAUAUAUAAAUAAAAUCUUAACAUGUAUUUACAAAGA